AUGGCUCUAUGCACCACUUGCAACAGCUUCGACUUGUACCGGAUCUUCAAUUCCCCUGACAUACGGAUUGCAGCUUCUGCUGGUUGUGGUCUGUGUACGCUAUUGUUUGAUGCAUUUAAACGUAAAGAAUCAGAGGCAGCACAAGCGGCAGGCGAUCUUCCGAUCAUCCUCGCAGGGAGCCGGACAAUCGAAGAUGAACUGGAUGAUCCUCCUGAGUUUUCGACACACAUAGAGCCUAAACUAAGGUGCUUCUUUAUGAGCCCCGAGCAAGGACUGAUCAGGCUUUGUGAUCUUGACAUUAGCAUUGAUAAUGCUUUUGGCGACGUGCCUACAGACCUUCCAUUUGAACCGUUUAGCAAACUGCAUUGUCAUUCUAACGAUCCCGGCAGUGUGGCGCUUGCUUCAAUGUGGCUUUCAUCUUGCCUGGAGAAUCAUGAUUGCCCAACCCCCAACUUAACAGGUCCCAGUUUGUCAACACGCUUCCUCCAGGUCGGGAACGCGAGCAGAAAUCCACACCUUGUCGAGUUUCCAUCGGGAGUAUCACUGCAGCCGUGGGUUGCUCUAAGCUACCGGUGGGGGAAAAAGGAGCCGUUGUUGAAGUUGAAGAAAGAAACUGAAGGAUCUCUGAAAGCCGAUGUUGAUAUCGGGGAUCUGGACGCCACUAUUCGGGAUGCAGUCACCAUCAGCAGGGGAUUGGGGAUUCAAUAUCUGUGGAUUGAUUCAUUGUGCAUUUUUCAAGACCAGAAGUCGGAUUGUGUGGACACCAAUGAUGUCUCAGGGAGCUUUCUGAGCCUGCGAGAAACGCAGUUCGUUGGAAUCUCUUGGAAAGCGAACCCGAAUCAGGGCGCCAGUGAAGAAUACCGAAACCCGCCGCAGGUCUACGUCUCGCACGCGCGGCCCGAUCAUCACGACCCGUUGAUCGGACCAUGCGUGGUUCAGUACGAGCGAGCCCUUAAAUACGUCCCCUUGAUCGAGUUCGGCCUCAACAUUGCGGACAAACCUGGUGGAAGGCCCUUCUGGCGAUUCGACCUUUUCACCAAAUUCAAACUCCUGCCUAAGUUCCUGAAAAGUCCGAAAUGCGAUUCGAACUACAAUAGAUACCGCAUCUGGUACAACAUCGUUGAAGACUACUCUGGUCGCGGUGUGACAUGCCAGCGAGAUCGACUCGUUGCAAUUUCAGGAAUAGCCAAAAUGUAUGGGAUGGCCCUCGACGGCGACAGAUAUGUGGCUUGGAGCUAUUCGGCAGCAAACUUGGUCAGUCCACCGACGUUGAGGUUAAUGCUCCUUUCCUGGAGCUGGGCCAACGCCCCUCCCGGGUAUACCAUUCGAAAUGACUGGUUAAACAACAGUCCUAGGCCAUUGGCAACGCUGGAAGACGUCAGCUUCAGUCUAAUGGACUUAAACAAUCCUUUCGGCGGUGUCUUGCGUGCCAAACUUACCAUACGUGGACCGGUCUACCGGUUUUCUCGGCUUUACCAUCCCCCCUGGCGUUCGCCGGGGAGUAAUCUUUCAGCUUUCGAGCGCCACCUUUCUCAUGUGGUUGAGCUCGACUACGGCGAGAGGGCCAACGAUUUCUCUCGUGAAGGCCGCUACGCCGCUUUAUUGUUGAUGCAAGCAUGGCCUUCAUUUGAUAAUCGUCUUGACGCCCUCGUCCUCCAGAAUAUGCCGUCGUACAAAGACGAGAGGAGCACAGUUCUUAAACGCCCGGGUCUUUUAAAACUGAGCUUCUACAGCAUACCGACGUCUCCUUCAUUAUCCGAAAAGCUCGAACUUCAGGAAAAAUCUCUUGACUAUCGUCUGAACCCUGAGGGUGGGUUCCGACGGUCAAAGCGCAUUUUCUGUGAAGAAUUCUUCCAAGAGUAUAGUAAAAGCAAUUGGCCCUGCGAUUCUGUAACGAUUGUUUAA